AUGAAAAGCAUAAUAUUUGUAUUCUUUAUCAUUUAUUGUCUUGGUCAAUCUGCUAAACAACUAAAAAAUAAACAACGAAAUUCAAUUGGAAGGAACCCUGAUUCAUUAAGAAAAGAAAAAGGAAAUAAAAAAAGUAUUGGUAAAGAGAAAAUUAUUGAACAAAAAAAGAGUCUUCCUCAAGUAGCAAUGUCAUUCAGUAGAGAAGAAUUAUUUGAUAAAAGUCCACAUGAAUUAUCCAAUGCUUAUGUAAGAAUUUAUCAAGCACUUGGAGAAGUAAUGAGAAUGAGCCAUCAAUAUAAUGUUAUUGAUUCUGAAAAUCAACGAGGGGUUGGAUAUAUAUCACAUAUGCUUGGUCAUAUUGCACAACAAUCAAAUAAAGAACUCGAUUCACAAAUUACAUCAGUUAUUUUAAAUAAAAUUAAGUCUCAUGAAGAAGAAACUCAAUCAAUUCAAAGUAUGACAAAUGAAGUUUCUACUUAUGCUCAAAGUGCUGCAAGUAAAGUUGCAAAGUUUGAAUUAAAAAUGAAAGAAGCACAAAACAUUCAAUCAACUCCUACUUUCAUUUAUAUUAUUGCAUUCUUAUUACAAAUACUGACUGGUUAUUUCAUUUACAUCAUUAUUUCCAAAAGAAAAAUUCAUCUUUAA